AGGAAGUAUUGCAGGUAGGAAUACUGGGAUAUAGUCUGACUUGUUUUUUUCUCUUUUUGUCAUGGUUCCUCCUGGGCUUCAGGUUUGGAGAUGGAUACUAUUUGCUUGCUUUCCCUGGCUUUGUGUCUGUCUAGAAACUCCAAGGACAGUUUACAUGGUAGCCAUUCCUGCAGUAAUCCAGGCAGGCUCUGAGGCCAAGCUUUGUGCCAGCCUUCUGCAGCCCCAUGAGACCUUGGUAAUGACCAUAUCUCUGAUCGCCAAUGGACAGAACAAAAUACUUCUCCAGGAGAGUUCUGAUCAAGAGUUUCACCGCUGCUUCCAGUUUCAGGCCCCUCAUGUGGAGAGUGACAAAGUGCAAAAUUUUAAGGUGACGGUUCAAGGUGAAACGUUUCUAUCCACGGAGGAGAGAAAGGUCAUGAUUAAACCCUACAAACCGAUGACAUUUGUCCAAACAGAUAAACCAAUCUACAACCCGGGACACACAGUGCAUUUUAGAGUCAUCACCUUGGAUACCAAUUUUAGCCCUGUCAAUCAGCUGUACAACAUUGUGGAACUGCAGGAUGUUCAUCAGAACAGGAUUGGACAGUGGGUCAAUACUACAUCCAGUGGCAACAUUCUGCAGCUUUCUUACCCCCUGAACUCUGAAGCACCCGUAGGAUCCUAUGCUAUUGUAGUGUGGAUUGGUGAAAACAAAAUAUACCAUCGCUUCAAGGUAGAAAAGUAUGUUUUGCCAAAGUUUGAGAUCAAAAUGAACCUCGCCGAUGAGAUCAGCUUUGUUCAAGAGGAGUAUAAAGUAGAAGUGUGUGCAACAUACACGUAUGGGCAGCCUGUACCUGGUAAAGCAGAGGUAGAGUUGUGCCGACCCUUAGUUCCCAAUGUAUUGAUACCAAUAAGAAUUGAUGAGAAAAAUCCAGAAGGAGUUCCUGAUUAUACACCCCCCUGCCAUAAAGAGUCAAUAGAGAUGGACCAAACUGGCUGUGCUUCUCAUGUCUUCAACAUGUUCAUUUUCACAAAGGAUGCUGGCCAGAAAAUGCUCAUAGACAGGCUGAGUUUUAAUGCCAAAGUAGAGGAGGAGGGGACAGGUAUUACACAGUCAAAGGAAAAACACAUAGCUCUCUCCUAUAUGAUUGGAAAACUCACAUUUGUUGACACACCCAAAAUCUAUGAGCAUGGAUCAAUUAUCGAGGGCAAGAUAAACGUUGUUCACUUCAACAACACACCUAUCUCAGACAUGUUAGUCUACCUUUUGGAGGAGAAAGACUGGUCCUCACAUCAUCUCCAGAACCUGACCACGGACAGUCAUGGUAUUGCCAGUUUCUCCCUCAACACAACCAGAAUGCCCAAAGAGAAUAUUAACCUCAUAGUAAGCAACACACCACAAACGGAGAGCAGUAGAUACAGGGUCCCCUAUUUCAAAAGAGGGCAACACAAACUCUCACUGAUCCAGCCCACUGCCCCUCACAGUAAAACAUCCAGCUCUCUGGCUAUUCAGAAGAUGGAAAACCCACUGGCAUGUUGGGAGGAAGUGUCAAUCACCAUCCAGUACGCCAUCGUAGGGGAGACUGUCCCAAAGGGCUCCGUGGAUGUCAUCUACCUGGCCUUAUCCAGAGGGGUGAUAGUUCAGCAUGGACACAUGAAUCUUACCGUGCAGCAUGGGAGUCCUGCAACUGAGGGUGAAGUUACUUUGAAGUUGGCAGUGGUUCCGGAGAUGGCGCCUGUGGUACAGGUUCUUGUGUACAGUAUGCUACCCAGUGAGACUGUCAUCGCCCACAGCAUGAACUUUCCCACUGAGAAAUGCUUCAGGCACAAGGUGUCGGUGGAGUUCUCACCCUCACAAGCAGUUCCAGGGGAGGAGAACACCCUGCAGCUCUCGGCCCAGCCCGGCUCCCUCUGUGGCCUCAGUGCUGUGGACCAGAGUGUUCACAUCAUGGAGCCAGGGAAGAGGCUGGAUGCUGACAAGAUAUUUGAUUUGUUACCAGUCAAGGAGACAACACACAUUCCCUACCAGCUUGAAGAUCCAGUAGCAUGUUUACAUGUAAGACCAAGGAGAUAUGUAAUGCCAUACCCAGGACAAACUGAGGAGGAAAAUGAACCUCAUGAAGUUUUUAAGAAAUUGGGACUGAAGCUGGCAACUAAUCUGGUUAUAAGAGUACCUUCCUGUCUCAGGUACAAAGGGAAAGAGUACAAUAGGGCCCAUGUUGUAGCCUACAGUCGCCACCCUGGAGACAAGGGCGGACGUAGACAGGGUGCAGCGGGUGGGAUACUUGAUCGAUCUUUACUGCGUGUAGUAGAAGGUGACAGAUUUGUUGAUAACAUACAGACGGUCCGUACCUUCUUCCCUGAGACGUGGAUAUGGGAUCUUGUGGAAGUUGGGGAGUCUGGAUCAGCAUAUGUGCCCCUCAUGGUCCCAGACACGAUCACCACAUGGGAGACAGAGGCAUUCUGCCUGGCCCCUGGUGGCUUCGGUCUGGCUCCUCCGGUGAAACUUACAGUCUUCCAGCCCUUCUUCCUGGAACUAACCCUGCCCUACUCCAUCAUCCGUGGAGAGCACUUUGAGCUGAAAGCCACUGUGUUUAACUACCUGUCCAAGUGCAUUAUGGUUUCUGUGACUCCAGCUCACUCCUUAGACUACACUCUCACACCCUUGAAGGAUGUCCAGUACUCAUCAUGCUUGUGUGCCAAUGGACGAAAGACCUUCAGUUGGACAAUGGCACCCUCUAUCCUGGGGGUUUUGAAUGUGUCCGUUAGUGCAGAGGCUGUCCAGUCCCACGCUGCGUGUGACAAUGAGAUUGUGAACGUACCGGAGAGAGGACGCAUCGACACAGUCACACAGAGCCUCCUGGUGAAGGCUGAGGGAACAGAGAAGACCGACACCUACAACUGGUUGCUGUGUCCAACUGGAGUAACUAUGACAGAGCAGGUGGAACUGCAACUCCCCAAGAAUGUGGUGGAUGGAUCAGAUCGAAUUUCUCUCUCAGUCCUGGGUGACAUCCUGGGUCGGGCCCUCAAGAACCUGGAUGGACUGUUGCAGAUGCCAUAUGGGUGUGGAGAGCAGAAUAUGGCCCUCCUCGCACCCAAUAUCUACAUCCUGGAGUACCUGAGGAACACAGAGCAGCUCACUCCAGCCAUCCGAGACAAGGCCACCAAGUUCCUCACUAGUGGUUACCAAAGGCAGCUGAACUACAAGCAUGUUGAUGGUGCAUACAGCACAUUUGGACAAGGCUCAGGGAACACUUGGCUGACUGCUUUUGUUUUGAGAUCCUUUGGCAAAGCAAAGUCUUUCAUUUAUAUUGACCCGGUAAAAAUUGAGCAAUCCAAGACAUGGUUGGAACGUCAACAAGGCAAACAUGGCUGUUUCGUCAGAUUGGGGAAACUCUUUAACAACAGAAUGAAGGGUGGGGUGACAGAUGAAGUCACACUGACGGCCUACAUCACGUCUUCAAUGCUGGAGCUCAACAUGUCAGUGUCGGAUCCUGUUGUGUACAGCAGCUUGUCUUGCCUGAGGAACUCCACCAGUGAUUUGUCCAACACUUAUACCACUGCUCUGCUGGCCUACACCUUUACCCUGGCAGGGGACAUGGAGACCCGGGCCCAGCUUCUGCAGCACCUGGACACGAUCGCAUUACAAGAAGGGGGUCUCCUGCACUGGACUCAGACCUCCUCAGAGACCUCAGCCUCCCUGGCGGUGGAAAUCAGCUCCUAUGUUCUGCUGGCUUCCCUCAGUGCCUCCUUUCUGUCUACCACUGACCUGGGCUAUGCCUCCCGCAUCGUCAGGUGGCUGGUGAGACAGCAGAAUGCCUACGGAGGCUUCUCUUCCACACAGGACACAGUGGUGGCCCUCCAGGCCCUGGCUCUCUACUCCACCAGGGUGUACAGUAGAGAGGGUGCCAGCACAGUCACAGUACAGUCUCCCAGUGGAGCACAGCACCUCUUCGAAGUGAACCAAAACAACAAGCUUCUCUACCAGGAGAGGGCGCUGCAGGACACAGAAGGGAAGUACAGCGUGGAAGUGAAGGGCAGUGCUUGUGCCUCAGUGCAGGUGGCGCUCCACUACAACAUCCCUACUCCUACUGACAGCACAACGCUCAGUAUCCAGGUGAAGCCAGAGGUGGACUGCAACAGUAACUCUUUGAGACCCAGAGUCACACUGAAGCUCCAGUCUCAAUAUCAUGGAAAGGAGCUGACCACCAAUAUGAUUAUAGUGGAUUUGAAAAUGCUGUCUGGGUUUGUCCCAGACCCAGAGUCUUUGGGGAGGCUGAGGGGUUCAGGUCGAGUGGACCGUGUCGAUUCCAAAGAUGACCAUGUGUUAAUGUACUUGAGAGAGCCCUUACAGAAUCCUGAAGCCAUUACACGAAGCAUCGGGGAGUACUGGCAUUCCGGUUGGUGGUGACAUUGUUCCUGGGUCGCCGCCGAUGGAACCGGGGGUGCCUAGCCAGCUCGUCGGGCUUCCACGCCCUAGCUGGCUUGAGAGGUUUCCUUGCCCCGGUUGGCGCCCAUCCCACGUCGGGCCUCAGCCGAAUCGUCAGGUCUUGUUCGCCCAGUUGGCUCGUCAGACUGUUCGACCUCCGCCGGAUCAUUGGGCUUCCACGCCGCAGCGGGAUCGACAGGCGUUCAUGCCUCAGCCUGAUCGUCAGGCUUCUAUGCCUCUGCUGGCUCGCCAGGCUCCCACGGCCUUGGAGGUUCGUGGGGAGUUUACCCCCUGCCGGCUUGCCCAGCGCCCAUGUCUCGGCCGGCUCGCCCAGGUGGGACGCUGGAUGGCGCCCCUAGAGGGGGGUACUGUCACCCCUGCUCCCGCUCUUCCUCCCUCUGGCCCUCGAGGGCGCCAGACUCCCCAACAUUACGCACUCAAGCCAACUUCACGCACUCAAGCCAACUUCAGUACGCACACCUGCCUUUCCCCAUUACGUGCAUCAGCGCUCAUUGGACUCACGUGGGCUCAAUUACUUGUGUAAUUUCCUUCCCUAUAUCUGUCUGUUUCCUAGCUCUGUUCCCUGCUUCGGGAUUGUUUGUCAUAUGUCCUUGUUUACCCGUGUGCUAACGCUGUUCCUGUCGUGUUCCUGAAUAAAUGUUUGACUCCCCA